UAGUUUUUGACAGAAGCACCACCUUGCGUCCUACGUCACAGAAAGCAUUUGCUCCAGCUGCUUUUGAAGGCCCUAUCUUAUCUGUCUGCCUGCUGCUGCCGCUGCAAUGGGGCUCCCAUUCGUCGCCGUCGCAGCAUUUUAAUAAUUAUUAUCAGCUUUCCGGGCGUGUGGUGCAGCUUUCGCAGAUGUAUCCUGUGCGGAUGGGCGAAAGCUUUUGCUACGAAGAUCAGCACGCCAGCAACGAGUCAAAAUAAGCCUUUUCGUAUGGCCCUUUCAUCUUUCAAUGGUCGCACAGGGUUAAUUCUGCUGGAAAUGAUACACGAUGAGCGGCCACAGUGCUAAAAUCUUCCUCGCAGUGUCGCUCCUGUGGUUUCUUUUAGAGACCGGGGCCCUGCAGAACUUCGAAUGGAGCGACACUUGCACAACCCUCCGCUCCCGUGUUUACAAGGGAUGCAUGCCUGCCGGCAACAAGUCGGCGGGCUCUUACUCCAUGGCCAACGACGUCAGCGACAUCGACGGAUGCACCAGCGCUUGCUGUGAUUCCCCGACCUGUAAUGCCGUUUUACUGUAUGACAAGAAAUGCUUCUUGAUACAAUGCGAGACAGAGGAUUUAUGUGCACCAGUUUGUGCGAAAACUAAAAAAUACGUCAAAGCGCAAAUGGUUCUAGUUAGACCAAUCAGCAUCAACAACUACGAUGACGAAGAGAUGAUGGCUGAUAGUUCAUUGCAGCUGCCGAUAAGUUCAGUGCGGUCCUGCGAAGUCGGCAUCCUUACUGACUGUCCCCUGAAUGAAGUUUGCAUACCAACUCAUCCGAAGAGCAGAGGCGGAGUUUGCAAGUGCGAGGAGGGCUGGGAGCGAAAGGAGGACGAAAAAUGCGUGCAGCAAAGCAGCACCGGCCCUCCGUCCGUGGAGCACCCGUCGCCCCCCACUGAGAAGCACCUGACCGUCUCCUUGAGGUCGAAGAAAAUCCGGCUGCCUGAGGACAAGGUGGACAUUUCUGCCUUCACAGUGCCGGCAGAGAACCCCGGAGAGCAUUACAACUACGACUGGGAGACCGUGAGCCAGCCGGCCGGCUCCAAAGCCACCAAGCAGAAUGCGGCGUCAAGCACACUCAGCCUUGCGCAUUUGUCUGAGGGGCUCUAUCAGUUUAAAGUUACCGUCACUGGAAGCGGCGCCCAUGGAGAGGCGUUUGCAAAUGUCUCUGUUCUACCAGAGCAAAGAGUGAAUCAGCCUCCAGUCGCAAUCGUAACCCCUGCAAAGCAAAACGUCAAGUUGCCAAUUUCAGAGGCUGUGCUGGACGCGUCCAGCUCGAGCGACGACGAAGGUGUGGUCAGUUACCAAUGGGAGUUGACCCAGGGGCCGCUGGGCUACGCGCUGGCGCCCGUCGACAGUCCCAUGCUGCAGUUGCAUAAUUUAUCCAUUCCUGGAGAGUACAGUUUCAGGCUGACUGUAAAGGACCGGCAAGGCGCCAGCAGCCAAGCGCAGGCGGGCAUCACGGUCAUUAAAGAGACUGACUAUCCCCCAGAGGCGAACGCCGGCAGUGACAUCAUCAUUUAUUUGCCUCAAACUGCACUUACUCUCAACGGGAACCAGUCCAAGGACGACAGGGGCAUCUCUUCCUGGGAGUGGACCAAAAAUAGCACAAGCAAAGCUGUUGAUAUGCAGGACACGAGAACUCCAUACUUAAAAUUAUCUGAUCUUGAAGGAGGCGUUUAUACUUUUGUACUGAAAGUGACUGACACUGCUGGACAAAGUUCAAGUGCAGAAGUCCACGUGUUUGUCAAAGAACCUUUGCAUUUACCUCCUUCAGCUAAUGCUGGAGGCAACAUAACAAUUAACCUUCCCAAAAAUUGGGUCACCCUGGGAUCAGAAGCAACAGAUGAUCCGCUGACCUCUUGGAAGUGGGUCCAAGAGCAGGGCCCGCUGCCUGCCAAAUUUGAGCCGCCUGAAGGCAACAGUAGCAGAGUAAACGCCACUGGGCUCACCAGAGGAACUUACAUAUUCAGGCUGAGUGUCACCGACAUGUCCAGUGGAGCAUCCGUCAAUGAUAGCGCAGUCGUAACCGUCUUGCAAAACCAGAACUCACCGCCUAAAGCGUACGCUGGUGGUGAUUUAAACGUCUCUCUUCCCCUGAGUAUUUUGAAAUUAAACGGCAGCAAAUCGUCAGACGAUCUGGCUGUCACCAAAUGGAAGUGGACGAGAGACGAUUCUAGUCUAGCACAAGGCAAAGUACUUGACAACUCCGAUUCCAGCCCCGUCCUAAUGUUAAGUGGAUUAAUUGCCGGCCAAUACGUAUUUAAGCUGAGAGUGGAAGACGAGCAGGGCCUCUCCUCUGAAGACCAGACCACAGUGAUGGUCAAUCCCGAUCCGCAGUUGAAAUCUCUAGUCAGGCUUACCUUGGGAGCUUCGUCUCGCACUUUGCGACAGUUGCAAUUGGACAGCCUUUUGAAGCAAAUCACCCUGCUGCUGCAUGGUGGAGUAACGGUGGUUGUACGGUCGGUGGAUGAGGAACAGAACACAGGCAGAGCCUGCAUCACAUUCCUUGCUGUGAAAGAAACGUCAAGUGGCACAAACGAAACGCUGGGCGGGCCGCAUGUCGUGAAAACCCUUCGAGCAAAGCUGCGUCAAGAUCCGGGCCUGCUGGACUUGCCGGUGGCCUUGAUCGAGACUGUCGUGUGCCAGAACAACUGUUCCAACCACGGAACGUGUGACGAGGCGACCAGGCAGUGCCUUUGCGAGGCCUUCUGGAUGCAAGAUCUGUUUUCACAGUACUUCGGGGAGGGAGAAAGUAACUGUGACUGGAGCAUCCUGUACGUGGUGGUAGGAGCAACUGCGAUCCUUCUCGGCCUAUGUGGCUUUCUUUGGAUUGUGUACUGCGCCUUGGCACCGGCCUUUAAAUCCGAUCCGCAACCAAUCAAGCGUUCACAACGGCGGAAAGCGUCAUACUCCUUGCUGGGCAAUGCUGAGGAAGAUGAAACAUCAAUGACAAAAAUCUCGAGGCGUAUGAGUCUAUCUGAAGAAAGCGACACCGACUCUGAUGUGCUUUUCGAAACUCGAAGCAAAAGUAAUGGAUCUGCGAACGGAAAGGCGGGUCGGCGCAAGUGCUAGUCAAGAAAUGAAAAGUCGGGCGUGAUUGUGAGUGUCCAUCUGUUGCUGUUGUUUAUUUCUUUAUAGGGACAUAGUUGUGAGAAACAUGAGAUACAAAAAUGUAAUAAAAAAGGAAUAGCGCGCUUAGCUCAGCUCGGUCAGGGGGCCGAACAGGUACACAGCGGGGUUGGCCUCGUUGGCAUCACCGAUGAACUGUGCGUAGAGCUCCUGGUAGCGGGCCAGGUUGAUGCCGCCAAUCUUCUUGUCGUUGUCCUGUAACACAAAUAAACAACAACUGUUUAUUACCCACUAUUCUAAA